AUGGCCGGGAUCACCAUCUUGGAGGUGGUGAAGCGCCAUAUCCAGGUUCUGCAGCAGCAAGCAGUUGAUGCAGAGGAGAGGGCUGAGCGCCUGCAGCGGGAAGUGGAAGGGGAAAGGUGGGCCCGGGAGGAGGCUGAGUCUGAGGUGGCCUCCUUGAACCGUAGGAUCCAGCUGGUUGAAAAGGAGCUGGACCACGCCCAGGAGCACCUGGCCACUGCCCUGCAAAAGCUGGAGGAAGCGGAGAAAGCUGCUGAUGAGAGUGAGAGCGGUAUGCAGGUUAUUGAGAACCGAGCCUUAAAUGAUGAAGAAAAGAUGGAACUCCAGGAAAUCCAACUCAAAGAGGCGAAGCACAUUGCAGAAGAGGCAGACCGGAAGUAUGAAGAGGUGGCUAGGAAGCUGGUGAUCAUUGAGGGGGACUUGGAACGUACAGAGGAACGAGCUGAACUGGCAGAGUCCCGUUGCCGGGAGAUGGAUGAGCAGAUCAGGCUGAUGGACCAGAAACUGAAGUGUCUGAGUGCUGUUGAGGAAAAGUACUCUCAAAAGGAAGACAAAUACGAGGAAGAGAUAAAGAUUCUCACGGAUAAACUGAAGGAGGCAGAGACCUGUGCUGAGUUUGCUGAGAGAUCGGUAGCCAAGCUCGAGAAGACAAUUGAUGAUUUGGAAGAUAAGCUGAAAUGCACCAAAGAAGAGCACCUGUGUACACAAAGGAUGCUGGACCAGACUGCUUGACCUGAAUGAGAUGUAGAGCACCCCAGUCCCACCCUGCCGCUCUCCUCCCUCUGAACCUGACUCUGCCUGAGGCCCAGCCUCCCGGAAACUGGCCUUGAAACUACAGGCUCAUCUUUAACUAGAAGGCUGCUUUCUCCUUUUGCUGCCUCUCCCACCCCUACCCAUGUGUCUUUCUCACCAAACUGUCUCUGCCUCUCCCUAGAAAUUCCAGUUGGGCUUGAGGCUGAGCACCUUUGGGAACAAUGUUUAAGGGAAUGUGAGCACAAUGCAAAGUGUCUUUAAAAGCAUGUUGUGAUGUACACAUUUUGUAAUUACCUUUUUUGUUGUAGUUGAUGUAGCGACAUUUGUAAAACAUUCCAAAUAAUUCCAUAGUUCUGAAGCAUCAGUCUAACCCCUUCCUCCCAUUUGGAAUUAACUUUUCAGCCUAAUGAAUACUGCCCUCUCCACAGAGGAGGGAGUGGACAGGGCCCUGCCUUACUGAGAGCCAGGGCCCAGAAAGAGACCCACUCUGGGAGCCUCAUUGCUCUGUCCAAAAUACCAGCCAAAUUAGAAAGGUGAUUCCAGAAGUUGGCCAAAAAAGUGUGGCUCAGGGUUUCAGCCUAAAGUAUCUUUGAG